GAGCCGCAGUGCCAGCGGAAAACGUUAACUGUGUAGCCGGCUACCCACGGGGAAGUUUUCCAUCCCAGUCCGGCCCAGAUGGGACCUGCGGGUCAGUUUAAAAUUCCCAAACGACAAGCUUUUCGUCAGGAUCCCUUGUUGAAAAACACAAAUAUUAAACCAUUGAUAAUAUGCAAAUAAUAUAACAAAAUAAACUGUUGCAAUUGCCUAAACUAACAGUCAAUAUUUACCUCCCGUUAUGGAUGAAACUUGACCAUUUCUCAAAACUGUUUUGAAGCUCUUACAGCACUUGGUGUAGCUUUCUCACGCCGAUUGGCCAAUCAGCGAUUGCGAUGAGACGGCACGGGUUCAUUGCGCCUGCGCAAUACCCUUAGCAACGAAGUUGAUUGUACGUGUACGUACGUACGUACGUCCUUACGUGCUCUUCUCUACUUUUUACAUCUUUUUAUCCACGGCGUCCCAUCUACAGAAAACGAAGCUGGUGCGGAGCAGAUUAACAGAAAAAAUGUAUUCUCUGAAAGAUUUCUCAAUUAGAGUCAAAAUGUAGACCCAGAACAUAUUCAUUUCUUCAGGAUUGUAAAUUGGAUUUAACAGGAUAAGUGUACAGGAAUUCAAAGAAAAAACAACAACAAAUAAAAACUAAUCUGAAGAAUCAAGGAAGGUGUAGUUAGCAUUUUUUGGUCAACUCUUGGAUAUCUGGAAGCCUUAAAAUGUCUCGGGCGACAGUAUCCAAAUCAAGGGCUGACAAAGCGAAGGACAAAGACAAGGACAGAGGAGGAAGUACAUCUGUCCCUGUGCCACCGGUCAACUCAGAUGUGAUACCUGGAAGAUUCACAGAAAAUGAUUGGAAUUCCAUGCUGGAUAAAGAAGAUGGAGAGGAUUUUGUCAUUGAUAUUGUUGGAAACAUAGUAGACUCUGCCCUGACUGUAAUCUAUGACAAUUAUAUACAGAAACAGCUCUAUCCAUAUGUUGUAACACAGGCUAGAGAUGCAAUACUUCAAAUCAUUGAGUGGCAAUUUCUUGCUCGGGAUGAAGGCGAGUCACAACCAGAAAAUGAUGCAACGUGGCUAGAAGAAGAUGAGCCCAUGCCCUGCGUACCCGAUGCAUGGGCCCAGGGUUCAGUACCUCAGAAGAACCGACCGCUCCUGUCCCCUCCCGUCUCGGAACCGGGCACCGACAUCACCCACGUCAGUGGCAUGUCCCACCGGGAAAUCCUGGAGGAUGUCAUCUGUGAGUCUCAUGCCGAUAUUGAGCCUGUGGAGAUCCCAGAUGGAGAGAAGGAAGGAGGAGAGGAAGAUAAAGAGGGAGAGGGGAAGGAGGAUGAGAAAGAAGGAGGGGUAACUCAGACUGAGGAUGUAUUAGAAAGAUUGGCAGGCUCUGAGCAACCAGAAGCAGAACCGAAGACGGAGGGAGAUGUCAAAGAUGAGGCAAAGCCCUGUGAAAAGGCUAAACCAGAGGCCCACCGUCCACGCAAGCCAAAGUUCAAACCUCGCAAGGGUCGGAUAGUACAUUCAGCAGGGCUGAGGGAUAUGCACAAAUCAUUGGAUGAGAUGGAGAGAGAGAUGCUGGAAGCCGAACGGAAAGCCAACGAGCCCAAACCUGUCGUCAAAGACUCCAUUUUAGAUCACAUGCCAUCAUCAUGCCAUUCAAUACUCAAGGUCCAAGCGGGCAGACCGCCAGGCAGUAAGGAUGUCAACUAUGAUGACAGAGGAAACGUGAUAUCGGUCGUUAGGCUCGAUCCUGAGAAACUCCCUUCACACAGAGUAAGGACGCAGUACGCAGUGGUGGACCCUGCGGUUGAAGCAGCCCAUGCCCGUCUGGUGGCCAUGAGGACUGGCCGCUACAUCUCCCAGCAGAAGGCUGAGAUGGCCAAACAGCAGGCAGAGGUUAGGGCCAUGACCAAGAGCCAUGGCGCACGAACAGCAGAAGGUACCAUGAAAACUGGUGUAAAACCAUUAAAGACAGCAGCCAGCCUGGCUACUUUAGCCAGCAGUCACCAGUCGCAUGGCACCAGACCAAUGGAAUAUACAGCAGCGACGGGCGGCAUCUCACCACUUCCUCCACCCCUUAUUGAAUCGAUGGAGUUAUCACCUGGCGUUGUUGUGAAGGAGGGCAACCGGAUCAAACGAGGUCCCAAACCACAGGUACGAUAUCACGACUCCAUCACCUCAGCCAAGCUUCGUUCACUCCGCCCCGUCAACCAGAUGGACAUGAGGGACGCCCAGCUGGCUGUGGCCGACAUCAUCAGUGCAAAGGGCCCUCUGCUCCGCCCACUUCCAGUCAACGAGCCCAUCCCACCCAUAGCGACCCGUCCAACCCCGCCCCCUCAGAAGUCAUUACAGACUGCAUGAAUGAUAUGAACAUUUUCAAGACUUAUCCAGAUUUAGAUGAAACUACUGUGUAUUCCUUUUCAUUUGAUGGAAAGAGCAACUUUUCUCUAUUUGGAACAAACAACCACAGGAUUACAUUGAAAGUUCAAGAGAAAUGAUGCUUAAUAAUAAAAAUGAUAAUAAUAGGCAUUUAUAUAACGCCAUCUAUCUAGAAAUAUUCUAUUUCGAGGCGCGAUGCUAUUAUUAUUAUUACCCCGGCUUUAGCUCGAGCUGCCUUUCAGUGCUCAUGCAUUCAAGGAAUUAUAAUGGUUGAUUGACAACAGGAUAAAGUGAAGGGAAAUGAUAGUUGAUUGACAAAUCUGUUAGAAAAUAAGCUUGAGAAUAUGAGAUCUGAGUAUGUUUUAAAGGGCAAGUCCACCUUCAACAAAAAGUGAAUUUAAAUGAAAAGAGAACAAUCCAAAGAAUGCUGAAAAUUUUUCAAAUUUUUUAUAUUGAGGUAUAUUGUUGGUAUAUAUUUCUUGAAAUUUAGAAUGUAUACCAACAUUUCUUGAAAUUUGAAAUGCAUACCAACAACAUCUCUUGCAGUAAAUUUUCUUGAUUCCUCAUCAUCAUAACGAUCAUCAUUUUCAUCCUCAAUUAGUUAUUUCCUCAUCGUCGUCAACUGUAGAGUUGUCUUCAAAUUUGAAAGCAUUUCUUUGUUCUCAAUUAUUUGAUGGGACCAGUUUGCAUUCAUGUCCCUAUAUAAUUGACUCAUUUGGUGACCCAAGGAUUAAGUAUUUUUUACCUUAAAAUAUGAACAAGUCUGAAAACAGCUUGUUUUGAAUGGAAAAGGGAGACACCCCAUUUGCUUUGGAUCGAAUGAUGUUUUUUUUUUUUCAUCUUUAUGGUGAUUGACAAACCAAACAUCUAAUUAUAUAACUUUUCAGGGUUAAAAUGAAGUGAUUAAUCUGCAAAGUUAUAUGAUCUCUAUAGAUUUCCAUUCAUUAUUCAUACAGUUGGUCUUGUUGCACUAUCAUAAUAAUGCUAUGCUUGUGUGAAGUACCAGAGUCUGUCUCAGAAAUAUAUAUUCUGAGGUGCAUUUGAUGUGUACGAGACAUCAGGGUGGAAUUCCCCCCUUUAGGGUUUGUAUUCACAGUAAUAUUAACCAGCAUUUAUCAUAGUUAGCAAACUAUGAAACAAAUCACCAACAGCACAUAUUCAGUCAAGUCCCGGAGGGGGGGGGGAGUUUCAUGAAAGGACUUGUCGGACGUUUUAUCUGACAGAUACCAUUGAAACAGUGCCUCUCUGCCAAUCAAAAUCUAUGAAAGAUGUCAGACCCGACAACUAGUCGGACAAACAUGUCGAUGAAAUACUCCCCAGCAAUCCUUGUAAAACCAUUACACCCUGUGUAGGAAUGAGAAGUGCAUUAUUUUCCUAAGUAAAACAUGAGGUCAAGAUGACCAGCGAAUUGAAAAACAUAGCAACAUCAUGUUUGGCUCCCCAUAGUCAACUGUUUAUUUGAUUCAUGGUUUAAUUUAGUAUAACACCUUUUUUACAGGGGAGUAUAUGUUUUUGUAUGUUUCCUCAUACAGUAAUUUCCUUACAAUACAUUUCCUCUUGUAAAUCCUUUUUAAUUGCCUUUGAUGGGAUACCUAUUUGUGAUGCUCAAAUCGUUUGAGUCUGCAGCACACAUUGAGACUUGUCAUAUAUCUUAUCUGUCAAAUUCUGUUUUAAUGUGGAAGAGGUUCAUCGUGGUGAAGGAUUGAGUAGAAGAAAUAACCAGUUGUCUCACGAUGUAUCAAAUGUAGUUGGAAAUGGACGAUUCGUCUGCAAGCUGCUAGACUUCGUCAGGUAAUGAGCAAAGACGCUGCUGUGCACGGGUUAUUUAGCGUUGGCGAGGGCGACCCCGAUGGGAUUCGAACACACGACCCUCUGUUUACAAGGCGAGAGUCGGAACCUUUACACCACGGCUCUUCCACGAUUAAUGUGAAGCCAAGUUAAAAAAUCAAAAUUAAUAUCCAUUGACAUGUAAUACUAUGCAUGUGUUCCUUGUAAAUUGAUGAUGAAAUCUUCAUUGGCAAUAGCGAUGCAUUCUGCAGCUUUUCACUUCGACCAGGGAAAUGUACAGUGUACAGGAAUUUACCAUUAUUAUUUCAUUGUGAAGGGUUUUUUUGGGGGGGUGGGGGAGGUAGGUAAAAAUAUCCAGGAUUUGAGAUAUCCAAUAGUGCAGAAGAAAAGCAACCGAAUGGGCAAUAUCCUAUUUAAGAACUGAUAUUGAGAAUGCUUAUGGUGACGUUGUUUGAAAUUGAAUAGUAAAGUAAGAAAAAUAAAAGUUAUUGGGUUAUCCCCCCUUUCCCAUCUCUAUGUGUAUGACCAUACCUUGACUUGGUUGUAUAGUCAGGUGUACUUUCACAUUCCAUGAUUACAUAAUCAUCAGAAAUGGGGCAUCUUGAAUAGUGAAGGUAAGAAGAAACAGUUUUCUACUCGGCUCUGUCUGUGAGUGACAGUAUACAUAUAAGCUGAAUUGCCUAGCUGUUUUUAGGUGUUUAUAUUCCAAACCCUAAUUACUCUGAUACAAAUAUGUUUAGUACUAGUACCCCACACCCUUUAAUAAAAGAAAUAAGCAUUUGUUUUCAAAUGAAAUACAUUUAUUUGUAAAAUGAUUUUUUUUUAGCCUUGAAUGAAGCACACAAAAAUCUGUAAUGAUGCUAUUUGCCGUCAUAUGUCUUCUCGAAACCUUAGAUGUAUCAUAUCAAAAUAUUUAAUUUGUACAUAGACUAACGUACCACGUUAAAUAAACUGUAAAUGAUGUGCGUAUUUGUAAAUACUUGUAACAUAUUUUUCUGAAGACUUUAUCAUUCCUUUAUUCAUGCUCAUCUAAUCAAACUUCUCUCUCUGAAUUUCACAUAUUGUGUAUAUAGAUUUUAUAAUUCUAUAAUGUAUAUCUUAUACAAUGACAGUGUUUAUGUGAGGGAUGAAUACAUUAAAAGAUGUUUAUCAUGAAAUCA